GUUACGCAGUUCGAUACGUGUUUACGUACGAGACGUCCUCACUGGCGAUAUUACGUAAAUUCCAAAAGACAGGAAGUUUUGAUGUGGCUUUGGUUGCUAUCAAAAUGUCAGCCAUUUUCAACUUCCAGUCACUGCUAACCGUGAUUCUCCUGCUGAUCUGUACCUGUGCCUACAUCAGAGCGCUCGCUCCCAGCCUGUUGGACAAGAAUAAAACCGGACUCCUAGGAAUUUUCUGGAAAUGUGCCAGAAUAGGUGAGCGGAAGAGUCCCUGGGUGGCCUGCUGCUGUGUCAUCAUGGCGUUCAGUAUACUGUUUCUACAAUAGCGCAGUGGCCCGUACAAUUACAAAUGGAACAAUGAAGAUGUGGACAAGAAAUGAGACAUGGACUGUAUGUUCCUAGAAAGGACUUCCAUUGGCUGUCACUUAGAUAAUGUGUUAAAAUUACAAAAAGAUAAAGCCUAAUUUUAACAUGCCGUAACCACGGAGACACAGAAUGUGUGUGUGAUAGCACAGGGGUUCGCUGAUAGUCUCGGUCUGUCUAAUCCUCUCUACAGAGCUCCAGAUUUGGGUCUGUGUUCAUCUGAAAUGUUUACGACUCUGAUACAGGUGCAUUCGCGAGGGGUGGGAAUCAGGAGUGGCUUUGCUUCUAUUAAGAAUUAUUUGUGGGAUAAAUUGAUACAUAGUUCGCCAAGGAAAAUUGGGGGAUUUGUGUUUGUUUAUAAUUGCAACAAGCUUAAAUUUUACACAAAAAAGAAAUCCACAUAAAUGUCCAUACUUCCAAAAGCUUUUCAUGGUUUGUCUGGAUUCUUGUAUCUAAAGAAGUUGAAUACAUUCAACACCAGUUUGCGUCUGUAGACAUGUCAAGUUUCGUCUUGACCCUUUUUUUUUUUUUCUUUAAUCACUCAGACUGCAGCUAUUUAUUUUAUAAAAACAGUUUUUUUUUAUUCUUUAUUUUUGAUUAGUACUGUCUUUUAUCUUGGUUACAUUCAUUGUAAUGUCACACAGUAAUGGGUGUUGUUAAUUCUCUUUAUAGACAAGCGGAAAUGCAUUUGCAAUAAAUCUUUCAAUGUUG